AUGUCUGGGUCAACAAAAGUGUUGGAUCCUGCAUUUCAAGGAGCUGGCCAGAAACCAGGAACUGAAAUCUGGAGGAUCGAGAAUUUCGAGGCAGUUCCAAUACCAAAAUCUGAGCAUGGGAAAUUUUACAUGGGAGACACCUACAUUGUCUUGCAGACAACACAGAAUAAAGGAGGUGCUUAUCUGUUUGAUAUACAUUUCUGGAUUGGUAAAGAUACAAGUCAGGAUGAAUCUGGAACAGCAGCUGUGAAAACAGUUGAACUCGAUGCAGUUCUUGGAGGCCGUGCUGUCCAACACCGGGAGAUUCAAGGUCAUGAAUCUGACAGAUUCUUGUCUUACUUCAAGCCGUGUAUUAUCCCCUUAGAAGGUGGUGUUGCGUCUGGUUUCAAAACACCUGAAGAAGAUGUGUUUGAGACUCGGUUAUAUACCUGCAAAGGAAAACGUGCGAUCCGGUUGAAGCAGGUUCCUUUUGCCCGCUCAUCGCUGAAUCAUGAUGAUGUAUUUAUAUUGGACACCAAGGAGAAGAUCUUUCAGUUCAAUGGUGCGAAUUCGAACAUUCAGGAGAGAGCUAAAUCUCUUGAAGUCGUUCAGUAUUUGAAAGACAAGUAUCACGAAGGAACUUGCGAUGUUGCCAUUGUUGAUGAUGGAAAAUUAGAUACAGAAUCAGAUUCUGGUGAGUUUUGGGUCCUCUUUGGUGGUUUUGCUCCUAUCGGAAGGAAAGUGUCCAAUGAUGAUGACAUUAUCCCAGAGUCAACUCCACCUAAGCUUUUUUGCAUCACUGAUGGUCAGAUGGAACCUAUUGAGGGUGAUCUAUCUAAGUCCAUGCUGGAAAACACUAAAUGCUAUCUCUUGGACUGUGGAGCUGAGGUGUUUGUGUGGGUUGGCAGAGUAACUCAAGUGGAUGAGAGGAAAGCUGCUAAUCAAUCUGCUGAGGAAUAUCUUGCUAGUGAAAAUAGGCCCAAGGCAACACGUGUUACCCGUGUUAUCCAAGGCUAUGAGUCCCAUUCUUUCAAGUCUAACUUUGACUCAUGGCCAUCAGGCUCGGCUGCUCCUGGUAACGAAGAAGGACGAGGCAAAGUCGCUGCUUUACUGAAGCAACAAGGUGUUGGGCUCAAGGGCAUUGCCAAAAGCGCACCGGUGAAUGAGGAUAUCCCACCACUGCUUGAAGGUGGUGGGAAGUUGGAGGUUUGGUACGUUGAUGGUAAAGCCAAGACUCCGUUACCUAAAGAAGAUGUUGGCAAGUUUUAUUCUGGGGACUGCUAUUUGGUCCUUUAUACCUAUCAUUCUGGUGAUAGGAAAGAAGACUAUUUCUUGUGCUGUUGGUUUGGAAAGAAUAGCAUUCAGGAGGACCAAGAAACAGCAAUUCUACUGGCAAAUAAAAUGUCAAACACGUUAAAGGGAAGACCCGUGCAGGGCCGUGUGUACGAGGGUAAAGAGCCUCCACAGUUUGUUGCCCUCUUCCAACCUAUGGUGAUCCUAAAGGGUGGUUUGAGCUCUGGAUACAAAACUAACGUGGAAGAGAAAGGUUCACAAGACGAAACCUACGCACCGGAUGCAAUUGCACUAAUUCAAGUCUCUGGAACUGGAGUUCACAAUAACAAGGCCCUGCAAGUUGAAUCUGUGGCAACAUCUUUGAACUCUUAUGAGUGCUUCCUUCUUCAGUCUGGAACUUCCAUGUUCCUUUGGCAUGGGAAUCAAAGUGCGCAUGAGCUGCUAGAACUGGCCGCUAAAGUUGCUGAAUUCUUGAAGCCUGGGAUUACUCUCAAGCAUGCUAAAGAAGGAACAGAGAGCUCAACCUUUUGGUUUGCACUUGGAGGAAAACAGAACUUCACCAGCAAGAAAGCUUCCUCUGAUACUGUUAGAGAUCCUCACUUAUUCUCAUUUUCUUUCAACAAAGGGAAGUUUCAGAUUGAAGAGAUUCACAACUUUGCUCAAGAUGACCUCUUGACUGAGGAUAUCUAUUUACUCGACACUCAUGCUGAAGUCUUUAUAUGGGUUGGUCAAUGUGUGGACGCCAAGGAAAAGCAAACUGUAUUCGAGAUUGGCCAAAAAUAUGUAGAACGUGCUGGUUCCUUGGAAGGCUUGUCUCCAAAAGUUCCAUUAUACAAAGUCACUGAAGGGAACGAACCAUGCUUCUUCACCACUUUCUUUUCUUGGGAUCACUCCAAAGCUAUCGUGCAAGGAAACUCAUUCCAGAAAAAGGCAGCCUUGUUAUUCGGCACUCACCACGCUGCGGAGGACAAGUCUAGCGGUGGGGGCCAAGGACCAAGGCAAAGGGCUGAAGCACUAGCUGCCUUAAACAACGCCUUUAAUUCUUCUACUAGCAGGCCUGCCUAUUCGAGCCAGGACAGAUCAAGCGAAAGUAGUCAAGAGGGGCCAAGACAAAGAGCUGAAGCACUAGCUGCACUAAACUCUGCAUUCAAUUCCUCUUCAUCAUCAACUAAGUCGCCUCCACCGCCAAGGCCAUCAGGGACGAGCCAGGCUUCGCAGAGAGCAGCAGCAGUGGCUGCUCUCUCUCAAGUUCUUGUUGCGGAGAAUAAGAAAUCACCUGAUACCUCGCCUACAAGAAGAUCCACUAGCUCCAACCGAUCAGAUGACAACCCUCUGACUGAAGCCAAAGAUGAGGCAGAUGCUUCAGAAGAAGCUGGCCAUGAGACCAAGGAAGAAGAGGAGGAAGUUUCACCUGCAGUAGAUCAGGAGGAAACACAAGAACCUGAAAGUGGAGUGACCUUCAGUUAUGAGCAGCUGAGAGCUAAAUCUGAGAACCCAGUGACUGGAAUCGAUUACAAACGCAGAGAGGCUUACCUAACUGAGGAAGAGUUCCAAAGUGUUUUUGGAAUGGAGAAGGAAACAUUCAACAAUUUGCCUCGGUGGAAGCAAGAUCUGCUUAAGAAGAAAUUGGACUUGUUCUAA